UUCAAAGGCAGUCUGCGCAUUUCGUUGUCCGUUCUUCGCUCCCUUCCUUCUUAGUGCUUCUCUCUCGUAUUCCACCGAUCCAGAUCUGAUCUCCCUCCAAACGCUGAGAAGAAAAGUUUGAAACGCAGAGAUUUUAACCGAAACACAACGUAAUGGCGGUGGUAUCGCCUCUGGCCAAGUAUAAGCUGGUGUUUCUCGGUGAUCAAUCGGUCGGCAAAACCAGCAUUAUCACUCGCUUCAUGUACGAUAAAUUCGAUACUACCUAUCAGGCUACGAUUGGAAUUGAUUUUUUAUCUAAGACAAUGUACCUUGAAGAUCGAACAGUUCGCUUGCAACUCUGGGAUACUGCUGGACAGGAGAGGUUUAGAAGUCUUAUCCCAAGUUACAUCAGAGAUUCUUCUGUUGCAGUGAUAGUAUAUGAUGUUGCAAACCGUCAAUCAUUUUUUAACACUUCAAAAUGGAUUGAGGAAGUACGCACUGAAAGAGGCAGUGAUGUCAUUAUUGUUCUUGUUGGGAACAAAACUGAUCUUGUUGAUAAAAGGCAAGUUUCAAUAGAAGAAGGUGAUGCCAAGGCUCGGGAGUUCGGUGUCAUGUUUAUAGAAACCAGUGCUAAGGCUGGAUUCAAUAUCAAGCCUUUAUUCCGUAAGAUUGCGGCUGCCUUGCCAGGGAUGGAGACACUUUCAUCCACAAAACAGGAAGAUAUGGUUGAUGUGAAUUUGAAGCCCACCACAAAUACUAAUUCUGCAGAGCAACAAGGUGGAGGUUGCGCAUGCUAGAGUUUGUACUUUACAUGGAAGAAAAAAAACUAAAGAAAAAGAAGUUGGAAAUACUAAAAACUUAGGGUGUUCAAUUAGAUACACUAUUAUUAUUACUAUUACUAUUGUUCAAGAUAUGUUUUGGAACCAGGAUUGAAUGGUCUUCUAGGUAGCUGGCAGUCUGCUAUAGGAUACCAAGUUGGAGACGUCCUUAAUGUGGUUGUUACUAUAAAACAUGAUUCACAAUUUUUGUUUAUUGUCCGGAUGAAACCAGUUGGUUUGCUUUUGAUGGUAAGAUGAGCAAGUUUAAUUUGGCGCAAA